UGUUGAGGGACGCCCGCGCCGCCACCCGCCGCGGCCGCUAUGGCCACCGUCUUCUGGUGCGUCCUCUGCAGCGGCCUCUUGCUCUGCGGCAAAAGCUCCUAGGGACCAGCCACCACGGCCACUUAGUGUGGUCCGGGCCACACGUUUCCCACAUCCAAGACUGCCGUGUGAACCGAGUAAAAAGCUUUCAUUUACAAAGUACAACACCACUGAAGUAUUUUCCCAUGUCUUUGGACCCACAGUGUUGAAUGAAAAAAACUAUUAAAUGGAGGCUUUUCCCAGUAGAAAAUGCUGUGAGAAAAUAUCUGGAAUAGUGCCAAAACCCCAAAACGCAAGGAUUAUUUCGUUUAAUCUUCAUAGCAUUUUACGGUGGGAUGCACCUAGUUUUUACAAAGGGAAUGUAACUUACACUGUCCGGGCUAAGAGCAUCAAAUUCUCUGUAAACACCUAUAAAAAUGUGAGCACAAACUUGAGCCUCACGGAGUGCGAUGUCUCCUCACUGUCUGCAUACGGAGACUACAUUUUACAGGUCAGAGCGGAGUCAGACAACAACCAUUCAGACUGGGUGGCCAUCAGGUUUAAGCCAUUGGAUGACACAGUCAUCGGGCCGCCUGAUGUAAAGGCGAAGUCAGAAUCUGGGUCCCUGCACGUGGAUUUCAUAGGCCCUUUUGCUGAACAUGACCAGGAAAAGUGGCCUCUAAAGCAACAUUACGGUUCGUGGAAUUACAGAAUACUGUACUGGAAGAAAGGCAGCAAUGCAGAGGUAAAGCACAUUGAUACUAAACAUAACUCUGAAAUACUAUCUCAGUUGGAGCCAUGGACAAAAUAUUGUCUUCAAGUGCAAGCAGUUAUCCCUGAGUGGAACAAAACAGGGCAACUGAGCGAAGAACUUUGUGAGCAGACAACCCACAAUGGUGUAACUCCUGUGUGGAUAGUUGUGUCAGUUCUUAUAGGAUCAAUGUUGGUUGUUGUAAUAGCCGUUCCCGUUUGUUUCUUUUCAUUUUUGUAUCUGUAUCGACUCACCAAACAUGUUUUCUGCCCUUCAUAUAUUUUCCCACAACACUUGAAAGAGUUUUUGACCAAACCUCCCAGUGGUGUGCAGCUUUUUUCUCCAUGCCCACAAGAAGAGAAUCUUUUUUAUGACAAGCUAACUGUCAUUUCAGAAGAAUCCAAAAAUCAGGGUGAAGAAACUAGGGAUGAGGCCAGCAAGAUGACAGAGCACCUUCAGGACUCUGAAAAAGAAGACUCCAUUUCAAGAAUAGUACCAUCUUCAGAAAAGGCCUAAAAUGCACUCCUCGUACUUCAGUCAGGCUGCUGAGUUCAUCUUCUUACUACUGCAUUAAGACAGUGAAAAUUCAUUUAUGAAAAUGUGUACACAGACUUUUGACAGUAAUUUUUUUUUUAAGUACAAGAAAUUUGACUAUAAAUGAGGAAUUAAAUGAUAAUGUAGUUUUUGCCACUGUUUGUAGUGGCUCACUGUUAAGCUGUAGCAAUAUCUGGAACUGUAUUUUGACAUUAAUUUAAAAAGCAAAAAAUCAUAUCUAUGUAAUACUAAUUAAUUUAACUCUGAUGAACUAUUUAUUGAAAAAUAUAAUUGAAAUGGCACAUUGUAUAACGUUUGUAAAAGAAAAUAGUAUUUUGUAAAGAAAGAACUGAUCUGACAUAUUUUUUUAGAUGAGAAAUUGUGCAUAUUUCUUAAGGAGAUCCCUAGUGGCAGAAUCUUUCUAUUGAAUAUUUUUUUACCUGAUGCAAAACCGUAAAGUUAUGAUGAUGGGAUGAACUUGGUUAUGAAUAAACCAAACACAAAUA